CGACAAGUAUGGUCCAACUGAGAAGAAUCCUGAUCCUUUAAGCUACCAAGAAUUUCAACAAAUUGAUAAAUCAAUCGAUAAGGUAGUCAAAGUUAGAACCAGCCUAUUUGAAAAAUAUAAAAGUGCUGAUAUGGAAGGAGAGAAUGAAUCAGAAAAAACGAAAAUAAACAACAUUUCGACGGUUGCGCAGAAAUCUACGGCCCAUGAAGAGAUUUUCAAUGUUCCUGAUGAUACUGCUUGUUUUAUUCAACAAAUAUUACCAGAUCAAUCAGCAGAGAUGAGAAUACUGGAGGAAGAAACUAACUGUGAGGGAACUAACAAAUUUACAACGAUAGAAAUUCAAACCGACAGUAUAAAGAUGCGUAAUAAAAGUGUUCAGGUGAAGUUGCAAAAAAAUUCAGCUGUGGAAAAGUUUGUAAAUGCUAUACGCAUUGAUGAAAACAAAUGUAUAUUUUAUACAAGUCUGAAUUUUGAGCAAAUUCUAGCUUUGCAUAGAUUUUUGAGUCCAGCUUGUGACAACUUCGAAUAUUGGGGUAAUCGAGAGACAAAAAAUAAAUCUUCCGAAAAUAGUAAUAAAUACAAGUUGACAUCAAUGCAACAGUUAAUUCUGGUGUUAUUGAGAUUACGCAUGGGAUAUUUAAUAGAAGAUUUAGCUUACACGUUCGAUGUUUCUACAGGGUUUGUCUCAAAAAUAUGUACAACUUGGAUUUAUUUUUUGCAUAAUGAAUUUACUACUGAAUUAAAGCCAUUUAUGUUUCCAUCUAGAAAAACGAUAGCUGAAACAUUACCAAAAAUAUUUAGGUCUAUAAAAAACAUUCGAGUUAUUGUUGAUUGUGCCGAGUUUUUUUGUCAAUCGCCAACGAAUUUUGAACACCAAGGUAAUUUAUAUUCAAGUUAUAAAGCUCAUACGACUUUUAAAGUAUUGAUUGGCUGCACUCCAAAUGGUUGCAUUAGUUUUGUAUCUGAUGUAUUCGAGGGUUCAAUAUCAGAUCCUGAAAUAUUUAAGCGAUCCAAAAUUGCAGACUUGUUGCAACCUGGAGAUGUGGUACUUGCAGAUCGAGGUUUCACCGUUCACGAUAUAGUUGAAGCAAAGCAAGCACAUUUGAAUAUUCCUCCAUUUUUGAAUGGACGCGAUCGUUUAACUCCACAAGAGGAGAUGUUAACAAAAAAAAUUGCAAAACAACGCAUAUAUGUUGAGCAUGUUAUUGGGCGUAUAAAAAAAUUCCGACUUCUUCAAACAGUUUUGCCGUUAAAUAUGCGUACUUUAUUGUCACAAAUUAUAUUUGUCUGUGCAUGUUUAGUUAAUUUUCAAACACCUUUAGUUUUCGAUGAAGAAGAGUAGGACCAUAAUAUCGUAAAAAGUAAAGGAAAAAAAAAUUG